AUGAGACAUGGGGAGGGUUGUUCAGAAGGUGAGGCUGGAAAUAAAGACCUUUUCGCCAUCUUCGGGAAACAGAGGCACGUGAAAACGACUUGCAGUGGACUUGAAAAUGGCUGCCGAUCCGUGAGCUGGGUUGGACUCACGCGCCUGAGAGCAUCCCGGGUUGCCUGUGCACCUGGGGCACUCGCGCUUGCAUCCUGCGAGCCGGGGACCCAAGAGCUGACGUCACCGAGGGGCAUGGUAGCUUACCCUCGACACAACAUGCAGGACGGAAGUUGGCGUUCGGACGGACACGCCCACUACGGACCCGACAGCUGCGAGUGGGUCAUCAGCGCUCCCGAGGGCUACGGGGUCAACGUCACCAUCCUGCACUUUGACACGCGGCCGGAGGAUAAGCUCGAGAUGCUGGAAGGGUCGACGAUCGCCUUCUCCCACGGCGGCGAGAUCCCCAGCCGAAGAAACUUCCUUUCCCGGGGCUCGAACCUCACCCUGCGCUUCUCCUCCUCGGAAGACACGGACAAGACCGGGUUCCUCCUGCAGUAUUCGUGGGUCCUGAGGGAGUCCGAGGCAAAGAUCCGCCGCCUGGAAGGCCUUCAUCGCGAAGACACAACUCCGGCCGCCUUACAAUUCCUCAGAAUCCGCGUAGUUCUUAUCAAACUUGUGGGUUCAAUGGUCUAUUUCCAUGAGAAUGACUUUAGAAUACUUGAACCACGGAUUAACACAUCGUCUCGUACAUUGCAAUCAAAAGUGUUUCGAAGACUUCAGCCCAUUAUAUCCCUCAGGAUUGAAAUGAGUCAGGAAGGCGGCCUCUGGGAAGCUUUUGGUGAAGAUUUUCUGCCCAAGUUUAUUGAGACUGUGCCAAAUAUCACGGUGACGGUGGGACGCGAUGCUCUACUCCCGUGCACCGUAGAACAGCUCAAAGGAUUCAAGGUAGCGUGGGUGCAGGUCGACACCCAGACGAUCCUGACCAUCCACAAGCAGGUAAUCACAAGGAACCCGCGGAUCGCCCUCCUGCACAACGACCACAGGACCUGGCACCUCGAGCUCAAGAACGUGCAGGAGAGCGACCGAGGAUGGUACAUGUGCCAGGUCAACACGGAUCCUAUGGUGUACCAGCAAGGAUACGUCGAUGUUGUGGUCCCGCCUGACAUCAUCGACCGAGAGUCAUCGGGUGACCUGACCGUGCGAGAGGGCAUGGACGUGACCCUGACCUGUCGUGCCAAAGGUCAUCCUCCGCCGACCAUUGUGUGGCGACGAGAAGACAACAAGAACAUUGCAGCCAGUGGCGUGGGCGUCGGCGCGGGCGUGGACGAGGAGGGGUCUCGCGUGGUGGAGGGAGAGAAGCUCACUCUCAAGAAGGUGUCCAGACUGCAGAUGGGAUCGUACCUGUGCAUAGCGUCCAACGGCAUUCCUCCGUCGGUCAGCAAGAGGACGCAUCUUAGAGUGCAGUUUCCCCCAAUGGCAUGGGUGCCACAGCAGCUGGAGGGUGCCUACAUCGGCCAGGAGCUAACCAUCGAGUGCCACACAGAAGCUUAUCCCAAAAGUAUCAACUAUUGGACUAACACGAAGGGAGACAUGAUCGUGGCGGGUGAGCGCUACGAGCCGAUCGUGGCCGAGACGACCUAUAAAGUGUACAUGAAGCUGAGGAUCCGCCACGUUCAGCCACAGGACUUCGGGACCUUCAAGUGCGUCGCCAAGAACUCGCUCGGGGAGACCGACGGUGCCAUUAAGGUUUACGAAAUUGAGCCCCCGAAGUCGCGCACCAACGUCUUGACCGAGAAGGAGAUUGAGGUCAAGGGUGAGGGCGAGGGCGAUGACGUCAGAGGUGAGGCCACGCCCACUUCGAACUCCGCCCACCACCGAGAUAAAGACCGCAAGAAGUUCGACAAGUACUUAAAUCCGAAGGGGAUAAACGACCUUAUCGACCACCUCGGCAAGACAUACGAUCCAUACCCAGGUACGUCCCGACGCGACCGCCAACCGACCUACGGAGAACAGCCCGACCUCUCCAGCACCGGUUGCAGGCCACACCGUCUGGCACCUGUUCUCGUGGCCCUCUCCCUGAUGGCCACGGCCCUGACACUCCUCCGGCACCUGUAACGAUGGAUCCCAUUUGUAUAAACGACCUUUGAGUUCCCUUUCAGAUUUCGCAUGUAAUGGUUAAUGUAAUACUAACGGUGAUUUCAACCUUUGGCUAACAGGAUAUGGAUACAUAUGUGUAAGAGAUAACCCCCAUAUAUAAAAUCUAUAUAAUAUGUUAUAACUGGCCUCUACUUAUAUAUAUAAAAAGCAAUAUUUGCCUUUCACAACUGUACAUUUACCCCCAAAUCCUUUUAGGCUGUAACAACCCAAUCUUUUACUUGUAUAAUGACCAACCUUUGCCUAUACCGACUAUUCUCCGUUCCACAGACUUUGGGGCAAAAUUGAAAUAGAAAAAAAAGGACCAUAACUCGACCGAAAAUAGAUGUAUUGCGACACAAAUUAUACCUGACCUGUAUCUUAUCAUGAUGUCUAUUGAUGCCAAAUAUGAAUUGAGUUAUGGUCCCAAAACUAACAUUUCUUUAUCGUAGCAAAGUCUGUGGAAUGAACAAUAGCUACUGUUCCCCAUAGCCGGAUCUGUAGAUAUAGUCCUUUCUACUUAGUGUGACCUUUAGCUUCAAUAACUAUUUUGAAAAGAAAAAGAAAAAAAUUGACAAAAAAUACUAGUCAGAUUCAAAGCACAUGUUGUUUGACGUCCAGGAAAUGACAGUCUCACCUUUACCCCUUCUUCCCUCUCCUCCCCUAAAAAGAAGAUGAUGAUAGUGAUAAUGAUAGGGUAAACAAAUCCGUUUGCUUUUGUACAUAUGAUGAUGAUAAUUCUCGUGUUUCUGCUAUGAAAGGAUUUUUUUCUUCUUUCUUGUUUGUUUUGCUGAAUUAAUUUCCAUUCCGUUUCAUUCCCUCUUCCGGAGGUUCUCUAAUAUAAAGAAAAAAUAGAUAGAUAGAAAGAUACCUUUUUCUUUACCUAUCUAACUAUCCAUCUAUCGUCUGCCUGUUUAUUCGUCUAUAACUCUUUCUUUCUCUCUCUA